AUGAAUCUAACGGGUUUAUUAAAUUUUGAGUCGGUGAUUGUAAAAGGUGCUCAAACACAAUCCAACGAACUAAAUACUUUUGUAGCGAAUUCUUUAAGAAUUAUAGUUGAGGAAUUUUUCUUAAAAGUCGCUCCAUCAUUUGUUAUUGUUGUAUCGUGUCGUCGUCAGAGUCCUUUAAAUUUUUAUCUUAAUAUUAUGCAACAUCUCUUUAAUAUGGUGGAUAAUAUGAUUGUACAAUUGGUAUUUGUGGACUAUAAAAAACCUGUAAGAAUUGAGGGUCUCAGAUAUCAUAAUUUAUUAUUGGUGGAUUCUUUGGAAGCAUUUUUAGAUAUCGAUGUGGUUUCUUAUAGCCGUGAUUAUGAUACCAAUGAAUACUAUCACAUUUUCCUUAUGCAACGUGAUCGUCAUCUUCAAAACGAUAUGAAGGGGAUUUUUGACUAUUGCUGGACUAAUCAUAUUAUAAAUUGUAAUGUCCAAUUACAAACUGCCUUGGGGGAAUAUAAAUGUGGCAAUACCAUACCGGAAAAAAUCAAUCAAUUUAUUAAUGACUCGUGGCUUAAUCAGGGUUAUUUCCUGCCAAAAUUGAAGAAUUUUCAAGGCUGUCCUUUAGUGGCUGCAGUACGUAAUAUACCACCCUAUACAUACCCAAGCGGAGCUAAAGAUGGUGUUAUGACUUAUAGUGGAUUCGAAAUGGAUGUGAUAAAACAUUUGGCGAAAAGAAUGAAUUUUUCAUUGAGUUUACGUACAAAAAUACACGAUGAUCGUUUAGCUCCCUUUGGAAAUGGUGCUUUAAAAAUGCUCGAUGAUCAUACUGCUGAUAUAGUCUUUGGUUUCUAUCGCAAACGUACGAGUAUGAAUGUAAAAUAUAGCACCACAAUGCCGCAUUAUCAGAAUUACAUUGUAUCAGUUGUCUACUUACCAGCUCAUAGAUUAAAAACCUUUGAAGUUUUGUCAUAUCCAUUUCCUAAUUGUGGCUGGUAUGCUUUAGCCGUGACUACGUUUAUAAUCAUUUUGUUUACACGUUUGUUGCGUUUACAUCAAUCACAGUCGAUACCAACAUUUUCAAUGAUUGCCUGUGCUUUGGGUUCUCCGAUUCAUCGAGAACCUCAAUUACCAACUUCCGUCUUAAUAUUUAUAACCUGGUUGUGGAGUACCUUUUUAUUGCGCUCCAUUUAUUCUGGUUUAUUGUUCCAUUUAUUUCGCAAUGAAAUUCACGCUUCCCUGCCACACAAUCUGGAUGAGGCGGUUAAUGCCAGUUAUCGUGCGGUUAUGAAUCUGUUCACUUAUAAUGAUAUUAAAUAUAUACCAUUUUAUCAACGCUCUCCAAAUCAUUCAAGCAUUGUGAUCGAUUCUUCGGAUGAGUUAAUACCUAUUGCUUAUUUGGAAAAUAAUUAUGAGGAAAAUUUUUAUGCUGUGGUCUCACAGGAAUUUCUGAUCCAUUAUACGGAGAAAUAUAAAAAGCCUGGAUUAUUUUAUAUUAUACCCGAGAUUAUAAUGCAACAGCGAAUGUGUUUCUAUUUAGAGAAACAUUCGUAUCUGAUAAAUCAAUUGGAUGCGGAAAUUAUGGAUAUACAUGCUGUGGGUUUAAUUGGUUAUUGGGCGAAGAAUUUUAUAAAUUCGAAAUAUCUAAAUAGUAAGCAUAUGUUUCAAGAUGCUAGAAUUGAGCAGGACGAUUUAUGGGGUAUUUAUAUGAUUUGUAGCGCGUGCUAUUUAGUGGCCUUCGUAAUAUUUUAA